UCCUGGUUGGAUGCGGGCGGGGGUGGGGGGGAGAUGGCUGACAUUCCUGUGGGUCCUGGGAUUACUCCCGCCGUCGGACCGAGAAUGGGACCCGGUCCGGCAGAAGGCGCGGACGCUCUUUUCGUCGCCCUGAGCGCUGGUUUCACGGUCCUCAGCCACCCGCUGCUCUACGUGAAGCUUCUGGUGCAGGUUGGGCAUGAACCUCUACCUCCAACUGUUGGGAGAAAUUUACUGGGGAGGAAAGUAUUAUACCUUCCUGGAUUUUUUACGUAUGCCAGGCACAUUGUGGAAGUGGAUGGGAAGAUGGGUCUUUUCCGUGGUCUUUCUCCUCGUAUCAUCUCUAGCGUUUUAUCUACCAUAAACCGAGAACAAGUGAAGAAGGCCUUCCCUCUAGAAGAUAUGGAGCAUGUUUCCAAUAAGGAUGAUAUGAAGACAUCUCUCAGGAAAGUGACAAAAGAGACUUGCCAUGAGAUGAUGAUGCAAUGUGUAUCCCGAAUUAUUUCUCACCCACUUCAUGUAAUAUCUAUGCGCUGUAUGGUCCAGUUCGUAGGACGAGAAGUUAAGUACAGCAAUAUAUUUAGUUCAGUCAAGACAAUUUGGAAAGAAGAAGGACUCUUGGGAUUCUUUGUAGGUUUAGUUCCUCAUGUCCUAGGUGAUCUUAUUUUUCUGUGGUGUUGCAACCUUCUGGCUCAUUUUAUCAACACUUACGCUGUGGAUGACAAUUUCAACCAAGCUUCUGUCAUUCGGAGCUACACUAAGUUUGUGAUGGGGAUUGCCGUGAGCAUGUUGACAUACCCUUUUCUUCUUGUGGGUGAUCUCAUGGCAGUGAACAACUGUGGGUUACUUGCUGGGCUUCCUCCAUAUGUACCUGUGUUUUCUUCUUGGAUUCAUUGUUGGAGACACCUUAGUGCUCAGGGGCAGCUCUUCAGAGGUUCCAGCCUACUUUUUCGUAGAGCAUCCACACCAGCAACUUUUUUUGUUGACUAAUGUGAUAGACAGAAGCAAACUUAGAUCCUUGUAGAAGAGACUCUAAAACACCUUGUUUUUACCAUUCUUUUUCAUUUGUAAAAUGAAAGGCUUUCAGCAGUAAGAACAGCUGAUUUCAGAAAGCUUGACAACAAAAUGUUCAGAUAUUUCUGGCUAGAUCUUGCCUGCCAGAUGAAGGGAACAGUGCUGGUCAGGCCUUAGAUCAAAGGGGCAGCCUGAAUAAUGAUAACUUUUCAGGUUUUCAGGCAUAGUCAUGGUUUUGCAGGAUAUAAGAAGCUGAUUUACCUUUUUCCCUAAAUAAGAUCUAAGAUGGAAUGCAGAUUUCCCCGUUUAGUACCAUUAGAGAAAACAGCUUAAACUUUAUCUCUUUAUCAGUUUUGGUUUUUUGCCAUGUAAUUUAGUCUACAUAUUAAAUCCAACCGAUGUUGGAAUACAUUUCAUUCCUAACAUUUAGCAAAACCACAAACACCCUUAAUACUGAAUUUUUUAAUCAUGACAUGUAUAAACCUGAUUGUUUAGAUUUUGUAAUAUCUCUAGGCAGCUUAUUGAACAUCAUCUAUUUUUAAGUUAAAUAUUUGACAAAGACACUUCUUAAACCCUAGCGUAGAAUGGAUUAUUUACAUGGAUCUAUCCAGAAUAUUUUUUGUUUUGUAUUGAUUACAAAUUUAAGCUCGAUUCCGGUAGUUCCCGACUUAUGACCACAAUAGAGACCAGAAUUUCUGUUGCUAAGCAAGGAAGUUAUUAAUUGAGUCGUGUCCAUGAUCUUGGUUGUUAAGUGAAUCAGUGCAAUUGUUAAGUGAAUCAUGCAGUUGUUAAACAAAUCCAGCUUUCCCUAUUGACUUUUCUUGUUGGAAGCCAGCUGGGAUGGUUGCACAUGGCAAUCACAUGACACCCAAAACUGGUUGCCAAGUCUCUGAAAUUUGACCACCUGACCAUGGGAUGCUGUGAAGGUUAUAAGUAGGAGGACCAGUCAUAACUCACCUUCUUCAGUGCUGCUGUAACUUUGAACAGUCACUAAACGAAUGUUUGUAGAUCAAGGAAUACUAUAUGUUGUGAUUUAGGAAGAAUUCUAUAAUAAUGAAAAUUGGGCUACAGAGCCCUUAGUACAAGAAAAGGUCAUGUAUGUAUGAUAAUUGAGUUGUGGUAGUUCUCAUGUCAUACAGAGACAUUCCAGAUGUCAGACAGAACACUUUUUUUAUAUUAAGAUUCAAUACAGCUGCAGAGAUAAUACAUCUGACAAUAACAAUUAUCAAGUCAGGCUUUUGGGGUGAUUUCUGACCAAAGUAAAGUAGUAAGAGCCAAGAAAAUGAUUUUGCUGAAUACCAUGAGCAGUAUUUUUCCUGGUCAGCAAUGUUAUAUAAAUAUGAAAUAAUAUUGCACUACAUUACUGAUUUUAUUUUUUGAUAAAAACUUGGUUGUGUUGGGAUGCCUACUGCAGGUCACUUAUUCUAGCUAAGCAGCAUUUGCCAUGUGAACACUUAACUCAUUAGAUCAUAGUUAGCUUUUCUAGUAUUUACUUCAGAUUGUAAGUUUACUGAUUCAAAAUUCACUAAAUACAGUUGGAAUGGCUUUUGGACAAACCGCUACAGGAUUGCACUGUUAAGAUAGUUUUUACUGCUGAGCUUUUCCUAACAUUUAAAC